AUGGCGGCGUACGGUCGCCCUCAGCUGCUGCUGCUGCUGCUGUUACCGUUUGUGUGUCUCUGCGGCUUCGGCUCCGUCCUCGGCUUGAAAGCUGCCAGCGGCCCGGCCGAGCCUCCCAACCCGCCCGUCCUCAGAGCCGCCGAUCCCCCGAUCAAAGAUGCACCUGCACCCGCCGCAGCCGCUGCCGCCGCUGGGGCCUCGCAGCCUCGAAGGGCGACCGGUUGGAAGCUGUCGGAGGAGGAGGCCUGCCGGGAGGACCUGACCCGCCUCUGCCCCAAACACACCUGGACCAACAACCUGGCCGUGCUGGAAUGCCUGCAGGACCGCAGAGAGCCAGAAACUGAGAUUGCUCCUGACUGUAACCAUCUUCUGUGGAACUACAAACUUAAUCUGACCACGGAUCCUAAGUUUGAGUCGGUGGCCACGGAGGUCUGCAAGAGCACCAUCGCUGAGAUAAAGGAGUGUAACGAGGAGGAGCGAGGGAGGGGCUACCUGGUGUCCUGCCUGGUGGAUCACCGUGGCAACAUCAGCGAGUACCAGUGUAACCAGUACAUUACCAAGAUGACCAGCAUCAUCUUCAGUGACUACCGGCUGAUCUGCGGCUUCAUGGACAAAUGCAAAGAAGACAUCAACACUCUGCGCUGCGGCAGCAUCAACGUAGGACACAAGGACGUGCACUCCCAGGGGGAAGUGAUCGCCUGUCUGGAGAAGGCGUUGGUGAGAGAGGCGGAGCAGCAGGAUCAUGUUCGUCCAAUCAAAGAGGAGUGUCAGAAGUCGAUCCUGCGGGUGGCGGAGCUGUCGUCAGACGACUUCCACCUCGACCGACACCUUUACUUCUCCUGCCGCGAUGACCGGGAGAGAUUCUGCCAGAACACUCAGGCAGGAGAAGGGAAAGUCUACAAGUGUCUGUUCAAUCACAAGUUUGAAGAGGCCAUGACAGAGAAGUGCCGUGAUGCUCUCACCACCCGUCAGAAGCUGAUCUCGCAGGACUACAAGGUCAGUUACUCUCUGGCUAAAGCCUGCAAGAUGGACCUGAGGAAGCAGCGCUGCAGCCUGGACACCAACCUGCCUCGAGCCCGCGAGGCCCGGCUGUCGUACCUGCUGCUGUGCCUGGAGGCCGCCGUCCACCGCGGUCGUCCGGUCAGCGGGGAGUGUCAGGGCGAGAUGCUGGACUACCGGCGGAUGCUGAUGGAGGAUUUCUCUCUGAGUCCGGAGAUCGUGCUUCACUGCCGGACGGAGAUCGAGGCUCACUGCUCCGGCCUGCACCGUAAAGGCCGCACGCUGCACUGUCUGAUGAGAAUCGGACGCGGCGACCGCAGCACCGCCGUCGACAGCGUCUGCCAGAGCGCCCUGCAGACGCUGAUUCAGUCCGCGGACCCCGGAGCCGACUACCGGAUCGACCGCGCGCUCAAUGAGGCCUGUGAGUCAGUGAUCCAGACCGCCUGCAAACACAUCCGCACCGGAGACCCAAUGAUCCUGUCGUGCCUGAUGGAGCAUCUGUACACAGAGAAGAUGGUGGAGGACUGUGAGCACAGACUGCUGGAGCUGCAGUACUUCAUAUCCAGAGACUGGAAACUGGACCCCAUCCUGUAUAAGAAGUGUCAGGGCGACGCCGCCCGGCUCUGCCACACCCACGGCUGGAACGAGACCAGUGAGCUGAUGCCGCCGGGCGCCGUCUUCUCCUGCCUGUACCGCCACGCCUACCGCACCGAGGAGCAGGGACGCCGGUUAUCUCGGGACUGUAAGGUGGAGGUUCAGAGGAUCCUCCACCAGAGGGCACUGGAUGUGAAGUUGGACCCUGAGCUUCAGAAACGCUGCAUGACCGACCUCGGCAAGUGGUGCAGCGAGAAGACGGACACCGGACAGGAGCUGGAGUGUCUGCAGGAUCAUUUGGAGGACCUGGUUUCUGCCUGCAGGGAAGUCGUUGGCAACCUGACAGAGCUGGAGUCGGAGGACAUCCAGAUUGAUGCUCUGCUCAUCAGAGCCUGUGAGCCCGUCAUCCAGGCCCACUGCCAUGAUGUAGCUGAUAACCAGAUCGAUACAGGUGAUCUGAUGGAGUGUCUGGUUCAGAAUAAACACCAGAAAGAGAUGAACGACAAGUGUUUAGUCGGCGUCACACACUUCCAGCUGAUUCAAAUGAAGGAUUUCCGGUUCUCCUACAAGUUCAAGAUGUCCUGUAAGGAGGACGUUCUGCGCUUGUGUCCGAACAUCAAGAAGAAGGUGGACGUCGUCAUCUGUCUGAGCACCACAGUGAGGAACGACACGCUGCAGGACGCCAGGGAGCAGCGGGUCUCUCUGAAAUGUCGUAAACAGCUGCGGGUGGAGGAGCUGGAGAUGUCGGAGGAUAUCCGGUUGGAACCGGAGCUGUAUGAUCCCUGUAAAUCUGACAUCAGUCGACUUUGUCCCAACGUCAACUUCGGAAACGCUCAGAUGAUCGAGUGUCUGAAGGAGCAGAAGAAGCAGCUCAGUCAGAGGUGUCACCAGCGGAUCUUCAGGCUGCAGGAGGUGGAGAUGAGCGACCCCGAGCUCGACUACCAGCUGAUGAGAGUCUGCAAGCAGAUGAUCAAGCGGUUCUGCACCGAGGCCGACGCCCGAAACGUUCUCCAGUGUCUGAAGCAGAACAAAAACAGCGAGCUGAUGGAUCCCAAGUGUAAACAGAUGAUCACCAAGAGACAGAUCACACAGAACACAGACUACAGGUUGAACCCGGUGCUGAGGAAGGCUUGUCGAGCCGACAUCCCGAAGUUCUGCCAGUCCAUCCUGAACAAGGCGAGCGAGGACAGCGAGCUGGAGGGUCAGGUCAUCGCCUGCCUCAAACUCAAAUAUGCUGACCAGAGGUUGUCUCCGGACUGUGAAGACCAGAUCCGAGUGAUUCUGCAGGAGUCGGCGCUGGACUACAGACUGGACCCGCAGCUGCAGAUGCACUGCUCAGACGAGAUCUCCAGGUUGUGUGUGGAGGAGGCGGCAGCUCAGGAGCAGACCGGUCAGGUGGAGGAGUGUCUGAAAGUCAACCUGCUGAAAAUCAAACAGGAGGCCUGUAAAAAGGAAGUCCUGAACAUGCUGAAGGAGAGUAAGGCGGACAUCUUCGUGGACCCGGUCCUUCACACAGCCUGCGCUCUGGACCUCAAACACCACUGUGCUGCCAUCACGCCCGGCAGAGGCCGACAGAUGUCGUGUCUGAUGGAGGCGUUACAGGACAAGAGAGUUCGUCUGCAGCCUGAAUGUAAGAAAAGGCUUCAGGACCGCAUCGACAUGUGGAGCUACGCCGCAAAGGUGGCGCCAGCAGAGGGCUUCUCAGACCUGGCAGUGCAGGUGAUGACGUCGCCCUCCAAGAACUACAUCCUGUUCAUGAUCGCACUGAGCGUGUGCGUCCUCUUCCUGGUGGGGCUGCUGUGCGGUCGGAUCACCAAGCGGGUGACGAGAGAACUGAAGGACCGGUAG